AUGUCUAGGAGUGAACUUGUGACCCACUGUACUGAAAGCUUGAGCUCGUCUGAGCAAACUACUCAGAUCAAUUCACGCUCGCGCGGACAUCGCCGAAUCGGACUGACGCUUGGACUGCUCGCUGGCACAUGUGCUCUGAGUCCGCUCUCAGGAUGCCUGAACCAGGAUUCGUACUUGAAUCCGAGUAUUACCGGACGCUGGGAGCACACUCCUACGGCUGUUCCGAUUCUUGAACACCUCGCAGCGAUCGAGUCUCCUGAGGAUGAGUUUGUUGAGAUCUCUGAGAUCACAGCGGAAGACCUGAUCCCUCAGACUCCUGUGUAUCGCGUUGCUUCAGGUGACAUCCUGACACUGAGCAUCUGGGACUUGGUCGCGACUGAUCAGGUCGAAUCGCUCCCUCGUCAGGUGGAUCCGAACGGAUAUAUCGAAAUCCCUCAGCUCGGGCGUAUUUUCGUCACUGGAUUGACGGAGAAGGAAGUCGCGGACCGGAUCGCCGAAGCGAUGUUAAGCUUGGUUGCCGACCCCCUUGUUUCGGUGGUUGUUGAGCAACGGCGUGAACAAACCUUCUACCUCAUGGGAAAUGUCCAGAAUCCGGCGCCGUAUGUUGUUCCCAGUGCUGACUUUAGACUCCUCCAAGGGCUCGUCGGCGCGGGCGGGAUUCCGCAGUUUAUUGAUGAAAUCUACCUUAUUCGUCAGGUCCCAUUGGAUGAUGCUGCGAGCCGAUUGCAGCCUGAGCCUCAGGGAUUGCCGGAUGCGGCGGAUCCGAUGGACGGCGAGGAUGGCGAGGACCUGCUCGAUGUGAUCGACGACCUCUCCAGUCCCGGCAUGAUUUCGGGCAACGGAAAUGGCUUGGUCGCUCCUUCGGCACAGCGGAUGGAUGAUCCGAUCAUCGAUCUGAUCGAGCCGAGCGGAUCGUCGACAAGAAACAGCUCUUCGUCCCAAAGUGCCCAAAACUCGGACGAAAUGAACGAGAAGAUGAAGUCGGCGAUGCUGACCCCUCGCUGGCGCUUUGUGGAUGGUCGCUGGGUUCGCGAAGCGGUCCCUGUCGCCGCACGCAAAGAAAUCCAGAAGAGCGACGGCAUGCAUCCUUCGGAUUCUCGCGGGCAGCUGUUCACGCAGCGUGUGAUCCGUAUCCCAACGAAGCCUUUGCUUGCUGGUGAUGCUCGUUACAAUGUGAUCCUGCGUCCUGGUGACAUCAUCAAUGUACCUCCGGCUCCAACGGGCAAUGUGUAUAUCGAUGGUCAGGUCAACGGGCCGGGCGUGUACAACCUCCCAGUCGCGGGUCGAUUGACGCUGACGCGUGCGAUCACGAGUGCUGGUGGGCUGAACGGACUCGCGAUCCCUGAGCGGGUUGAUUUGACCCGAAUUGUGGGGGAUAACGAGCAAGCGACCAUCAUGCUGAAUCUCCGCGCGAUUGCGGAAGGGACUCAGCCGGAUGUGUACAUCAAGCCGGAUGAUCGGAUCAAUGUGGGUACCAACUUCUGGGCAACGCCGCUCGCGGUGGUUCGCUCCGGAUUCCGGACCAGUUACGGUUUUGGGUUCCUCCUGGAUCGGAACUUUGGUAAUGAUGUGUUUGGUGCUCCACCGUCUCGUUUGAGAUAA